CUUCUCCAUGUUGUUGAUGACAUUGAACACAAUGGUCCUGUAUGGGUGACAUGGACAUUCUUCAUGGAAAGAUUCUGUGGUAUUCUCAAACGUAAAAUCCGGCAGAAAAGCAACCCGAGAGGCACAUUAAACCAACACAUUUUAGAUAUGGCCUAUGUUCAACAGCUC